CUCUGACCAUGACAUGUGAUGACGGAUCAUAUUUUGACCCGCAAACGAAGGACUGCAAGGAAGAUGUUCAUAACGUGUGCCAGGUAACACCAUCUCCCUCCGGAGAUCGUUGCAUUGACUUCGCGGCAGGAACAUGUUACGAACAUGAGAACAACUGUGCAAAAUAUUAUAUGUGUGUUGGCGGUGUUUCUUUGGAGAUGAAAUGUGACUAUAAUUAUUUCUAUGACAAAAAAUUGGGAUGUUGUGCUGAGGAUACCAAGAAAGAAUGUCAAUACUCCAGAACGACUAUGAGGCCGAAACCAACGACAAAAUCGACCACAAAACAAACCACUAAGAAAACUACAAAAAAGACGACAAAGACUCCAACGAGAUCAACAAAAAGAACAUCGUCCACUAAAAAAACUCCGACAGCUACUUCAACACCAACAAAGUCCACCAACUCAACUACAACCCCUAGACGGUCAACUAGUCCGAAAACUAGUUCUGUAAAACCAACCGGAACUACAAGGAAUCCAACAAAAUCAACUUUAUCCACCGAAAAGACAAUUUCACCAACUCCGACAACCAAUACAAGUACAAGAACUUCAAAACAAACAAAGCCCAGUUAUUCAACUUCAACUUCAACAACUAGUUCAACCGGAACACCAAAUAAUACAACAAUUUCACCGACCACCCGAAAAACAACUAAGGCAUCACCUAGUUCCACUACAACCACCAAAAAAGGAAGUUCAACCACUCCGACGACUAAAACUACAACAAAGGUAUCAUCUAGUUCUACUUCAACUACCAAAAAAGGAGGUUCAACCACAACUCCGACAAGUACAGGAACUUCAACACCAACAAAGCCCAAUAAUUCAAAUUCAACUACUCCAGGGUCCACAAGUUCAACCGGUACACCAAAUAAUACAACUUUAUCAACCGAAACUACAACAAAGGCAUCAUCUAGUUCCACUUCAACCACCAAAAAAGGAAGUUCAACCACUCCGACGACUGAAACUACAACAAAGGUAUCAUCUAGUUCUACUUCAACUACCAAAAAAGGAGGUUCAACCACAACUCCGACAAGUACAGGAACUUCAACACCAACAAAGCCCAAUAAUUCAAAUUCAACUACUCCAGGGUCCACAAGUUCAACCGGUACACCAAAUAAUACAACUUUAUCAACCGAAACUACAACAAAGGCAUCAUCUAGUUCCACUUCAACCACCAAAAAAGGAAGUUCAACCACUCCGACGACUGAAACUACAACAAAGGUAUCAUCUAGUUCUACUUCAACUACCAAAAAUGGAGGUUCAACCACAACUCCGACAAGUACAGGAACUUCAACACCAACAAAGCCCAAUAAUUCAAAUUCAACUACUCCAGGGUCCACAAGUUCAACCGGUACACCAAAUAAUACAACUUUAUCAACCGAAACUACAACAAAGGCAUCAUCUAGUUCCACUUCAACCACCAAAAAAGGAAGUUCAACCACUCCGACGACUGAAACUACAACAAAGGUAUCAUCUAGUUCUACUUCAACUACCAAAAAAGGAGGUUCAACCACAACUCCGACAAGUACAGGAACUUCAACACCAACAAAGCCCAAUAAUUCAAAUUCAACUACUCCAGGGUCCACAAGUUCAACCGGUACACCAAAUAAUACAACUUUAUCAACCGAAACUACAACAAAGGCAUCAUCUAGUUCCACUUCAACCACCAAAAAAGGAAGUUCAACCACUCCGACGACUGAAACUACAACAAAGGUAUCAUCUAGUUCUACUUCAACUACCAAAAAUGGAGGUUCAACCACAACUCCGACAAGUACAGGAACUUCAACACCAACAAAGCCCAAUAAUUCAAAUUCAACUACUCCAGGGUCCACAAGUUCAACCGGUACACCAAAUAAUACAACUUUAUCAACCGAAACUACAACAAAGGCAUCAUCUAGUUCCACUUCAACCACCAAAAAAGGAAGUUCAACCACUCCGACGACUGAAACUACAACAAAGGUAUCAUCUAGUUCUACUUCAACUACCAAAAAAGGAGGUUCAACCACAACUCCGACAAGUACAGGAACUUCAACACCAACAAAGCCCAAUAAUUCAAAUUCAACUACUCCAGGGUCCACAAGUUCAACCGGUACACCAAAUAAUACAACUUUAUCAACCGAAACUACAACAAAGACAUCAUCUAGUUCCACUUCAACCACCAAAAACGGAAGUUCAACCACUGCUACAAAAAGAACUCAGAAAACCAGUACAAGUAGAAAAACCGCAACACCAACAGAGCCCAAUAGUUCAACUUUAAGCUCUAGUUCAACCGGAACACCAAAUAAUACAACAAUUUCACCGACCACCCGAAAAACAACUAAGGCAUCACCUAGUUCUACUACAACCACCAAAAAAGGAAGUUCAACCACUCCGACGACUAAAACUACAACAAAGGUAUCAUCUAGUUCUACUUCAACUACCAAAAAAGGAGGUUCAACCACAACCCCGACAAGUACAGAAACUUCAACACCAACAAAGCCCAAUAAUUCAAAUUCAACUACUCCAGGGUCCACAAGUUCAACCGGUACACCAAAUAAUACAACUUUAUCAACCGAAACUACAACAAAGGCAUCAUCUAGUUCCACUUCAACCACCAAAAAAGGAAGUUCAACCACUCCGACGACUGAAACUACAACAAAGGUAUCAUCUAGUUCUACUUCAACUACCAAAAAAGGAGGUUCAACCACAACUCCGACAAGUACAGGAACUUCAACACCAACAGAGCCCAAUAGUUCAACUUUAAGCUCUAGUUCAACCGGAACACCAAAUAAUACAACAAUUUCACCGACCACCCGAAAAACAACUAAGGCAUCACCUAGUUCUACUACAACCACCAAAAAAGGAAGUUCAACCACUCCGACGACUGAAACUACAACAAAGGUAUCAUCUAGUUCUACUUCAACUACCAAAAAAGGAGGUUCAACCACAACUCCGACAAGUACAGGAACUUCAACACCAACAAAGCCCAAUAAUUCAAAUUCAACUACUCCAGGGUCCACAAGUUCAACCGGUACACCAAAUAAUACAACUUUAUCAACCGAAACUACAACAAAGGCAUCAUCUAGUUCCACUUCAACCACCAAAAAAGGAAGUUCAACCACUCCGACGACUGAAACUACAACAAAGGUAUCAUCUAGUUCUACUUCAACUACCAAAAAAGGAGGUUCAACCACAACUCCGACAAGUACAGGAACUUCAACACCAACAAAGCCCAAUAAUUCAAAUUCAACUACUCCAGGGUCCACAAGUUCAACCGGUACACCAAAUAAUACAACUUUAUCAACCGAAACUACAACAAAGGCAUCAUCUAGUUCCACUUCAACCACCAAAAAAGGAAGUUCAACCACUCCGACGACUGAAACUACAACAAAGGUAUCAUCUAGUUCUACUUCAACUACCAAAAAAGGAGGUUCAACCACAACUCCGACAAGUACAGGAACUUCAACACCAACAGAGCCCAAUAGUUCAACUUUAAGCUCUAGUUCAACCGGAACACCAAAUAAUACAACAAUUUCACCGACCACCCGAAAAACAACUAAGGCAUCACCUAGUUCUACUACAACCACCAAAAAAGGAAGUUCAACCACUCCGACGACUGAAACUACAACAAAGGUAUCAUCUAGUUCUACUUCAACUACCAAAAAAGGAGGUUCAACCACAACUCCGACAAGUACAGGAACUUCAACACCAACAAAGCCCAAUAAUUCAAAUUCAACUACUCCAGGGUCCACAAGUUCAACCGGUACACCAAAUAAUACAACUUUAUCAACCGAAACUACAACAAAGGCAUCAUCUAGUUCCACUUCAACCACCAAAAAAGGAAGUUCAACCACUCCGACGACUGAAACUACAACAAAGGUAUCAUCUAGUUCUACUUCAACUACCAAAAAAGGAGGUUCAACCACAACUCCGACAAGUACAGGAACUUCAACACCAACAAAGCCCAAUAAUUCAAAUUCAACUACUCCAGGGUCCACAAGUUCAACCGGUACACCAAAUAAUACAACUUUAUCAACCGAAACUACAACAAAGGCAUCAUCUAGUUCCACUUCAACCACCAAAAAAGGAAGUUCAACCACUCCGACGACUGAAACUACAAUAAAGGUAUCAUCUAGUUCUACUUCAACUACCAAAAAAGGAGGUUCAACCACAACUCCGACAAGUACAGGAACUUCAACACCAACAGAGCCCAAUAGUUCAACUUUAAGCUCUAGUUCAACCGGAACACCAAAUAAUACAACAAUUUCACCGACCACCCGAAAAACAACUAAGGCAUCACCUAGUUCUACUACAACCACCAAAAAAGGAAGUUCAACCACUCCGACGACUGAAACUACAACAAAGGUAUCAUCUAGUUCUACUUCAACUACCAAAAAAGGAGGUUCAACCACAACUCCGACAAGUACAGGAACUUCAACACCAACAAAGCCCAAUAAUUCAAAUUCAACUACUCCAGGGUCCACAAGUUCAACCGGUACACCAAAUAAUACAACUUUAUCAACCGAAACUACAACAAAGGCAUCAUCUAGUUCCACUUCAACCACCAAAAAAGGAAGUUCAACCACUCCGACGACUGAAACUACAACAAAGGUAUCAUCUAGUUCUACUUCAACUACCAAAAAAGGAGGUUCAACCACAACUCCGAAAAGUACAGGAACUUCAACACCAACAAAGCCCAAUAAUUCAAAUUCAACUACUCCAGGGUCCACAAGUUCAACCGGUACACCAAAUAAUACAACUUUAUCAACCGAAACUACAACAAAGACAUCAUCUAGUUCCACUUCAACCACCAAAAACGGAAGUUCAACCACUGCUACAAAAAGAACUCAGAAAACCAGUACAAGUAGAAAAACCGCAACACCAACAGAGCCCAAUAGUUCAACUUUAAGCUCUAGUUCAACCGGAACACCAAAUAAUACAACAAUUUCACCGACCACCACAGUGGGAACAAAGUCCACAUCGAAAGCACCAACAGUUUCUCCAACUGCUUCACCGAAUUCCACUGGUCCAACUGGUCCAACUAAAUCAACUCGUCCUACUCGUCCAACGAAACCAACUCUUCCAACUCCGUCCACCAAGCCCACUGCAACACCAACUUCAAAAACAACUCCGUCAACCACUACAAGUUCAAGAACUUCAAAACCAACCAAGCCCAAUAAUUCAACUCCAAGCGGAACACCAAAUAAUACAACAAUUUCACCGACCACCACAGUGGGAACAAAGUCCACAUCGAAAGCACCAACAGUUUCUUCAACUGCUUCACCGAAUUCCACUCGUCCAACUGGUCCAACUAAAUCAACUCGUCCUACUCGUCCAACGAAACCGACUCUUCCAACUCCGUCCACCAAGCCCACUGCAACACCAACUUCAAAAACAACUCCGUCAACCACUACAAGUUCAAGAACUUCAAAACCAACCAAGCCCAAUAAUUCAACUCCAAGCUCUACUUCAACCGGAACACCAAAUAAUACAACAAUUUCACCGACCACCACAGUGGGAACAAAGUCCACAUCGAAAGCACCAACAGGUUCACCGAAUUCCACUCGUCCAACUGGUCCAACUAAAUCAACUCGCCCCACUCGUCCAACGAAACCAACUCUUCCAACUCCGUCCACCGAGCCCACUGCAACACCAACUUCAAAAACAACUCCGUCAACCACUACAAGUUCAACUGGUCCAACUAAAUCAACUCGUCCUACUCGUCCAACGAAUACAACUCCGUCCACCAAGCCCACUGCAACACCAACUUCAAAAACAACUCCGUCAACCACUACAAGUUCAAGAACUUCAAAACCAACCAAGCCCAAUAAUUCAACUCCAAGCUCUACUUCAACCAGAACACCAAAUAAUACAACAAUUUCACCGACCACCCGAAAAACAACUAAACCUACAACAAAGACAUCAGUAAGUCCCACUACAACCACCAAAAAAGGAGGUUCGACCACCCGAAAAACAACAAAGAAACCAACUAGACGCACAACAAAAAAACCAUGUGACAUGACACCAACAAAAAAAAGGACCACCACAACAAUUCGAUCUUCGACGCGUCGUCCAACCAAACCAACAACAAAAUCAACAUCGCAAACAACUUCAAAAACAACUCCAAAAACAGUUUCAACUAGAUCGACACCGUCCACAGCAAGAACAAACCCAACAACGAAAGGAUCAAAGCCUUCCACUACUCCAACCAAUACUACAGUACCAUCAUCCUCAACGACAACAACAAGUUCCACAACUCCCGACUCAACUGGAAUAACUAUGAGUUCACAAGAACCUAUCACAGACGAAUCAUCGACAUCUGAAGAACCAACGACAUCCGAGGAACCAACGACAUCUGAGGAACCAACGACAUCCGAGGAACCAACGACAUCCGAGGAACCAACGACAUCCGAGGAACCAACGACAUCCGAGGAACCAACGACAUCCGAGGAACCAACGACAUCCGAGGAACCAACAACGGUUACAGACGAGUCAACACCACCGAACAAUGGUUCCACUUUACCAACAAAAUAUCCAACUCGUCCUACUCGAACUAGUCCAACUCCUUCAACUAAACGCCCUCGGACUACUCGCCCAACUCCUUCAACUAAACGCCCUCGCCCAACUACUUCAACUAAACGCCCUCGGCCUACUCGCCCAACUCGUCCAACUCGCCCAACAAAGCCCACUACAACACCACCUUCAAAUACAACCCAAGGAACAAGUUCAACUUACACUUCCACAGAAGGAACAAACUCCACAUCAAACCAAUCAACAACUUCCAUAACUCCAACCAAUGCUACAGUAACAUCAGUCUCAACGACAACAACAAGUCCCACUCUCAACACAACUUCAUCAACAUCGACAUCUGAAAAACCAACGACACCCAAGGAACCAACUACAUCUGAAGAGCCAACAACGGUUACAGACGAGUCAACACCACCGAACAAUGGUUCCACUUUAUCAACAAAAUAUCCAACUCGCCCAACUCGUCCAACUCGACCAACUCCCACCAAGUCCACUACAACACCAUCUUCAAAUACAACCCAAGAAACAAGUUCAACUAACACUUCCACAGAAGGAACAAGCUCCACAUCAAACCAAUCAACACCUUCCAUAACUCCAACCAAUGCUACAGUAACAUCAGUCUCAACGACAACAACAAGUCCCACUCUCAACACAACUUCAUCAACAUCGACAUCUGAAAAACCAACGACACCCAAGGAACCAACUACAUCUGAGGAGCCAACAACGUUUACAGACGAGUCAACACCACCGAACAAUGGUUCCACUUUAUCAACAAAAUAUCCAACUCGCCCAACUCGUCCAACUCGACCAACUCCCACCAAGUCCACUACAACACCAUCUUCAAAUACAACCCAAGAAACAAGUUCAACUAACACUUCCACAGAAGGAACAAGCUCCACAUCAAACCAAUCAACACCUUCCAUAACUCCAACCAAUGCUACAGUAACAUCAGUCUCAACGACAACAACAAGUCCCACUCUCAACACAACUUCAUCAACAUCGACAUCUGAAAAACCAACGACACCCAAGGAACCAACUACAUCUGAGGAGCCAACAACGUUUACAGACGAGUCAACACCACCGAACAAUGGUUCCACUUUAUCAACAAAAUAUCCAACUCGUCCUACUCGUCCAACUCGUCCAACUCGUCCAACUCCCACCAAGUCCACUACAACACCACCUUCAAAUACAACCCAAGGUACAAGUUCAACUAACACUUCCACAGAAGGAACAAGCUCCACAUCAAACCAAUCAACACCUUCCAUAACUCCAACCAAUGCUACAGUAACAUCAGUCUCAACGACAACAACAAGUCCCACUCUCAACACAACUUCAUCAACAUCGACAUCUGAAAAACCAACGACACCCAAGGAACCAACUACAUCUGAGGAGCCAACUACGUUUACAGACGAGUCAACACCACCGAACAAUGGUUCCACUUUACCAACAAAAUAUCCAACUAGUACUGCUCGUCCAACUAAACGCACUCGUUCAACUACCACCAAAAAGACCACUACAACACCAUCUUCAACUACUAUGAGUUCAACAACAACAACACCUGAAGAACCAACAACAACCGAAGAGCCAACAACAGAAGAAUCAACAACAACAAUGGAUGGUUGUGGUGGUGAACACUCAACAGAUGAAUCAACUUCAACGACAGACGAGAUCACAAUAACUUCAGAACUUCCCAGCACAGAUGAUACUUCAACAACAAUGGACGAUUGCUGA